AUGGACAAGAAGACUGCUGUUAUGGUGGUCCUUCUGCACUGGUACAUGAUAGCGUUAGCAAUCACUUUCUUUCCUAAUGGCCAUGGAUACCCAAAUCAUGUACUUUGCAUGAAAAGAAAGAGAGAAACCCUUUUGACCUUGAAACAAGGUAUCGUAGACCCUUCAAAUCGGCUCUCAUCGUGGACAGUCGAAGAGUGUUGUUCCUGGAAAGGAAUUGGGUGUGACAACAUAACUGGGCAUGUCAUCAAGCUAAACCUCCGAAAUCCGUAUGACCCAGUUACUACAUUUGAUUCUUAUGAACGAUCACAGUUGGAGGGGAUGAUAAGUGAUUCUCUACUGGAAUUAAAAUAUAUUCGCUAUUUGGACCUAAGUUCCAAUCGUUUUCAAGAUACUGAUAUUCCGAGCUUCUUUGGUGGCCUCCAGAAUUUAAGAAAUUUAAGCAUGUCAGAUUCAGGUUUCAUUGGGGGUAAAAGUUCUCAUCAGCUAGCAAAUCUCUCGAACCUGCAUUAUCUUAACGUUCGAGGUCUCUACCUAAAUCUUGACAAUCUCAAAUGA